AUGGCGUCUCAAUCCGCCAAUCUGUGGGUUCUACUGGGUUUGGGUUUGGCAGGAAUUCUGUUUAUGACAAGGAAGCUUAAGAAGACCAUCCGAGAAGACUUUGGUGCCUUUAUUGAGAGGCUUCAGCUUCUCCCUCCUCCUCAGCCUGCUCCUCCUAAAGCUCCGCAUCCCCUCACCGGCCUCACCUUCGCCGUUUCUGACGUAUUUGAUAUUGAGGGACAUGUAACUGGUUUUGGUCAUCCUGAUUGGGAAAGAACACAUGAUGCAGCUUCUCGGACGUCUCCUGUGGUUUCAGUUCUCGUCGAAGGAGGUGCCACAUGCAUUGGGAAAACCGUUGUGGAUGAAUUGGCAUAUAGUAUUAGCGGAGAAAAUAAGCAUUAUGGUACCCCCACCAAUCCAGCAGCAUCUUCAAGAACACCAGGUGGAUCCUCUAGUGGAGCUGCUGUGGCUGUAGCUGCCAAUCUUGUUGACUUUUCACUAGGUAUUGAUACUGUCGGUGGCGUUAGAGUACCUGCUGGGUCUUGUGGCGUUAUAGGAUUCCGACCUUCACAUGGGGCUGUUUCUCACAAUGGGAUUAUACCUGUUUCUACAAGUCUUGAUACCGUUGGAUGGUUUGCUAAGGAUUCUAGUGUCCUACGUCGUGUUGGACAUGUUCUGCUGCAACUUCCUUAUGCAGUUUCACGCAGUCCAAGACAAAUUGUAAUAGCUGAUGAUUGCUUUCAACAAGUAAAGAUUCCUGUUGACAGAAUUGUUCAAGUGGUCACCAAAUCCACUGAGAAGCUUUUUGGAAGACAAGUAUUUAAACAUGAAAAUCUAGGGGACUAUUUUAAUUCAAAAGUCCCAAGCUUGAAAGAGUUUCAUGGCCCGAAGACAAAUGGUGAAGUCAAGACUUCAUCCAUAAAAUUGCUUGCCAAUGUUGUGCAGCUUCUUCAAAGACAUGAGUUCAGACAUAAUCAUGAGGAAUGGAUUAACUUGGUGAAACCUGUAUUGGAUUCUGCUACUUCAGCACAAAUAUGUGGACCACUGGACGCAUCAGAUGAGGAGAUUGAGAUCUGCAAGUCAAUUAAGAAUGAAUUGCAUGCAGCUGUCAACUCUCUAUUGAAGGAUGAUGGAAUUUUGGUGAUCCCAACUAUAGCAGAUCCCCCUUCAAAACUUGGUGGGAAGGACAUCCUCUCUGAGGACUUCCGGAGCCGUGCUUUUGGUCUAUUAAGUAUUGCUAGCCUGUCAGGUUGUUGUCAGGUCACAGUACCGCUGGGAUCUCAUGACAAGUAUCCAGUUUCAGUUUCAUUCAUAGCCAGGCAUGGGGGUGAUCGCUUUUUACUAGAUGCACUGCACACUAUGUAUGCAUCUUUACAAGAGCAGGCUGAUAUUGCUUCAAAAUCCAAAUUAUCCAAAAAUGCUCUCACCAGGGAGCAAUCUGCUGAAAUUGCCAAGGAAAAGGGAAACCAAGCCUACAAAGAUAAAGAGUGGCACAAGGCUAUUAACUUUUAUUCAGAAGCUAUCAAACUUAGUGGAAAUAAUGCGACGUAUUACAGUAACAGGGCUGCAGCAUAUCUUGAAGUUGGAAGUUUCCUUCAAGCUGAGGCAGAUUGUACUAAAGCUAUCAACCUUGACAAAAAGAAUGUGAAGGCUUAUUUACGAAGAGGCACUGCAAGGGAGAUGCUUGGUUACUAUAAGGAGGCAAUUGAAGUCUAUUCUCCUGAAGUUGUUGGUUCAAUGGAAUUUCACCCUGCAGACUUUAAGUAUGCACUUGUACUCGAGCCAACCAACAAAAGGGCAUCCCUUUCUGCUGAAAGAUUGAGGAAGCUGUUUCAGUAG